CCUGACUGUAUUGACAGAGUCUGAGCCAGCCAAUCAAAAGCGAGGACACCAAGCCUAUCUGUCUGCUGCUUCUUCUCCUUCUUUUUCUGCUCCACGAUGCACAGCAAAGGAAACUCCUGCUGCUGCUCCUUCGAGGACUACAAACUGACCACUGAGUGGCUGCUGAACCAGACCAACCACCGACCCAAGGUUGCUGUGAUCUGUGGUUCAGGACUUGGCCUGCUGGCUGACAGAGCUGCCAACAAACAGACCUUCAGGUACCAGGACAUCCCCAACUUUCCCAUCAGCACAGUCCAAGGUCAUGAAGGCUGCCUGGUGUUUGGGACUAUUGAGGACACUCCGUGUGUCUUCAUGCAGGGACACUUCCACCUGUAUGAAGGUUACUCCCUCUGUCAGGUGACUUUCCCUGUGCGGAUCUUUAAGCUGAUGGGGGUGGAGUCUGUCCUGGUGACCAAUGCCUCCGGAGGAAUCUGUCCAGACUUUAAGGUUGGAGACAUCAUGAUCAUCAAAGACCACAUCAACCUGCCAGGAUUCGCUGGACAACAUCCACUGUGUGGACCCAACGACGAGAGGUUCGGUAUCCGUUUUCCCUGCAUGUCCGACGCCUACAGUAAGGUUCUCCGAGGUUUGGCCGUAGAAGUCGGAGCUGAGCUCGGCUGCAGCGACUUCAUCAGAGAAGGAGUUUACUGCAUGGUGAGCGGACCGAACUUUGAAACCAUCGCUGAGGCCCGAAUGCUGCUGAUCCUGGGCUGCGACUCUGUAGGUAUGAGUACAGUUCCUGAAGUGACGGUGGCCAAACACUGUGGACUCAGAGUUCUGGGUCUGUCACUGAUCACCAACAAGGUGUCUCUGGACUACAGUCGGGAGGAGAAGGUGAACCAUGAGGAGGUUCUGGAGAUCAGUAAGAUGAGGGCGGAGGUUCUGCAGAAACUCGUCACUACACUGAUCACUCGCUGCCAGCAGCAGAGCAUCAACACACACUAAUGGCAUCAACACACACUAACGGCAUCAACACACACAAACAGCAUCAACACACACGAACAGCAUCAACACACGGUAACGGCAUCAACACACACUAACGGCAUCAACACACACUAACGGCAUCAACACACACCAACAGCAUCAACACACACCAACGGUAUCAACACACACGAACAGCAUCAACACAUGGUAACGGCAUCAACACACACUAACGGCAUAAACACAUACUAACGGCAUCAACACACACUAACGGCAUCAACACACACCAACAGCAUCAACACACACGAACAGCAUCAACACACAGUAAUGGCAUCAACACACACUAACAGCAUCAACACACAGUAACGGCAUCAACACACACUAACAGCAUCAACACACAGUAACGGCAUCAACAGACACCAGCGGCAUCAACACACACCAGCGGCAUCAACACACACCAGCGGCAUCAACACACACCAUCGGCAUCAACACACACCGGCGGCAUCAACACACACCGGCGGCAUCAACACACACCGGCGGCAUCAACACACACCGGCGGCAUCAACACACACCUGCGGCAUCAACACACACCGGCGGCAUCAACACACACCGGCGGCAUCAACACACACCGGCGGCAUCAACACACACCGGCGGCAUCAACACACACCAUCGGCAUCAACACACACCAGCAGCAUCAACACAUGGUAACGGCAUCAACACACACUAAGGGCAUAAACACACACCAACAGCAUCAACACACACGAACAGCAUCAACACACAGUAAUGGCAUCAACACACACUAACAGCAUCAACACACAGUAACGGCAUCAACACACACCAUCGGCAUCAACACACACCAGCGGCAUCAACACACACCGGCGGCAUCAACACACACCGGCGGCAUCAACACACACCGGCGGCAUCAACACACACCUGCGGCAUCAACACACACCAGCGGCAUCAACACACACCUGCGGCAUCAACACACACCAGCGGCAUCAACACACACCGGCGGCAUCAACACACACCGGCGGCAUCAACGCACACCAGCGGCAUCAACACACACCAUCGGCAUCAACACACACCAGCAGCAUCAACACUGCAUUUGACUGCAGCAGCAGUAUGAAUGUUUUACUCGUCCCAGGUUGAACUCACCUGCACUGACACACUGAGGACUGCAUCGCUCAUUCACCAUAACACGUCUUCUGUUCGACCAGCUUGGUUUACCUGGGUGGUGACAUCAGUGCCUAAACCAGGAGGCACCUGAACACAUUGUCACGUCACUAUGGGAACGUGACUGUAAACACACUGUGGUCAGUCAGCUGUAACUGUUGUUUCCUGGAGUUUUCUGCUGCUGUCACAAUAAAACUGCUGCAAAUGAAUAAA